CUAUAUCAAAGAAUUGUCUCAGCCGCACUUGUUGUACAUUUCUUGGGUAUUUGGAACAAUUUUGUUGUGAGGGAACCCAGACUGUCACUUAAGAAGAAUUUCAUUAGUAGAGAGACAUACCAAGACACCAUCAUUUCAUGCCAUUUUGCUGUUAUGUUGAUAAGCUACAUGGGUGACCACUUUGCCGAUGUCGACUGUCGCCUUGAUCUCACAGGAUCUGAUAACGUAGAAUCGUUCUGGAGUGACAACGGGCAGUGGGUAGGAAACCACCACAAUUACCACUAUGGUGAAUUGCAAUCAAACAUUUCCCACAUGAUCCGUUUGGAACAGAUCAAGACCGACCCUGACGCACCUGACUUCGCAAAGCCACACCCUAAACAAGAAUGUAUUUGGAAUUCACAGUAUCCUCCUGAAGAGUUUGCAGCCUCUUUGACAGAUUACCCUGCACACGAAGCGCAAGUAGAUGCUUGGAAAGAGGGCAUACAUUUGGCCCGAAAACUGGCUGUGGAAGUGGGAAUGGGUCCAGAGAACAACAGAGUGGGGAAUGAAGGAGAUGAUGACGGGGAUGAUGGAGGUGGUGGAUAUUGUCCAGAUAGUGUUGACGACAAUGGCGAUUCUUGGUUCUAUAAACCAUUCAAGUAUACCGGGAACUGGAUGCUCAGUGUAGACGAGGAAGAGGUCAAUGAUGAAGAUGAGCUUUUUACAACUGAUGAAACCGAUAUUGAUACUCCUGAAACAAGGCUUUCAGAAGAUGCAAGGUUAUUAUGUGAAGAUCAAGCUUUAGGGCAAAUGACUAUACCUACAUUUAACGAGAAUUUCCCAAAUGCUGACGUAAGCGCAGAGGGAGUACCCAAAUCACCAAUCAGUAGCUGUGUGACUGUUCCUGGACAAAAUCAAACGAUUUACAAGUCGACACUGGUCGCACAACUUAAUCAAGAUCCCAAUCUUUCUCAUGAUAGGUUAGCAAGAGUCCGUCAGAGGCAAGAGUACCAGACUGUUGAGGAAAGAGCACCAACCAACACGUCAAUGGUAUCUUUGUUUGACGAUUAUGCAGUGCUGGACAGAUCGAAAUCUGGAUAUCUUGUUGGAAAUCUCGUUCGUUUAAGUCACAAAGGAACUCGUGGAAGCCAGGAUUAUAAGAGACCAGUUAGUUACAGCGAUGAUCGGGGAAAAGAUAUAACUGCUUAUCUUCAGAUAUAUCCCAAGUUAGACGUCCCAGGACUCAAAUUUUCUCUGCAGUCCACACUUCAAAUUGUCCCUUUCAGUGACGUCAUGUGCCAUGUUAACCUAAGGGCAACUGAAAACGAGAUAGAUUCCUUAGAGCUGUCUGCUGAUGAACACUCUGCGUUGUUGGUUGCAGUUGGUCGACUACUUUCAAGUUCACGCCGAACGAGAUGCCGGCCGCCAACUGGGACUGCCACAUCAGUAGAAAACGUCGAUGCAGCUAACACGACAGUAGUUCGUCCAAGUGAACAAGAAGGGGAAAGUGAACGAAGGCGUUCAAGCAGAGUACGAACUGUCCUUUGGUAUGACGAGGGAUAA